GAAGUCUAUACGCGGAAAUAAGCUUUCCGAGUACACCGACUCUCCUAUUGGUUCAUUCGUUGAAUAUUACUAGCGAAUGUAGUAGCGUAUUUUCUUUAAAAAAGAAUAUAUUUAUAUAAAAAAUUAACUCGUAUCGUUAUGCUGACAAUUACAUUCGCUUCCGCAAUAUAAGAGGUGACGUUACUUUCAAUAUGAAAGCGGUAAUACAACGAGUAACAAAAGCUAGUGUGUCAGGACUUUUUUAAUCUAUAUUUUAUUGGGGUACAAUGGAAAAUAUCAAUGAGCAAAAGGAAAUAGAGGAACCACAUAUAGAAAAUGUGGAAGAUAUUUCGCCCGAGGAAGAAAAGACCGAAAAUACAGAAUCGCAGAAGUCCGAAGUUCUCAUUACAGAUAAUGAGCCACCUAAUUUACAAUCACGAGAAAUUCAAACAGAUAUUAUAGAGACGGAAACGGUAGAACAGUUAAAAAAUCAAUUAGACACCUUAAUGAAUUCUCUAGCUACUCUUUCAGCAGAGAAGUCUAAAAUGGAAGCUAAUUUUCAAAUGGAUAAAAAACAAUUGAGAAAUGAAAGGGACGAAUGUGAGAAAGUAAUUAAAGAUUUGAGAGAAAAAUUAAGAAAAGCGCAAACUUCGAAUCACUCAGAAAUUGAACAUGUAAAAUGUAAACUGAUUAUGGAACGCCAUGAGAGGGAAAAAGAGCAGGCUGAUCAUGCUAAAAUGUUAAAAGAACUUCAAAAGUUAUUAUAUGAUGAGCGUCAAAAUAAGGAACAACUGGAAAUGCGAUUAAAAAGUCAGUUUGCAAAUAAAACACAAUGUAAAAUACUAGAGGCUGAAUUGGAAAUAACUAGAAAUAAGCUUAAACAGGCAGAAGAAGCAGCUAAAGAGACACCUCCAAUUUUACUAUCGCUUCAAUCCGAGAUGGCUCUUAUGAAGAAACAACAUUUAAAUGCAAUACAUGAAGAGCAAAAGCGAGCUGCUGCUGCAGAACAACAAGCCAGAGUAUUAGCAAUGACUCAUGAAUCUAGAGUGUCAGGUUUAGAAGCUAGAUUAGCUGAACUUUCUGAAAUCGUUGGAGGCUACGACAGACUCAGACAGCAAGAUCAGCAAGCUAUACAGAAGUUGAAAGACCAGUUAAUCGGUUUACAAGAUUCGGAACGCAACGAUUGUCUUACUAUAAAUAAUGAACCUGACGAAAUUAUAUCCAAAAUAAAAAGCCUUUAUACCAAAUUACUGGAUUUGGAUAAUAAAAAGAAUGAAUCAGCGUAUGUUAAAUCAUUACUAAACAGUUUAGGUUUGUAUGAUAAACAACAGGUCCAUGAUUACAAAGAAAAGUAUGAAAUUCUGAUACAAGAAUUUGAAGAUUAUAAACUAGAUACAUCUAAAUACAAUACUUCAAAUAUCUCGCAUAAUAUUCAGAGUCAAAACAUGACGACGCAUGACAAGAAUAAUAAAACGCAGCUGCAUAUUUUGAAAUCACAUAACAGUAAUUUAGAAGAAAGAGUACGUAUAUUAAAUAAUGAACUUAUAAAUAAAGAAACGGAAUUGCAACUAAAAUUAGAUCAUCAACAAAAGUCUUUCCAAGAGGAACGAGCAAGAUUGGAACAUAUGUUGCUUCAACGGGACAAUGAAUUUCGUAAUAAAAUAUCUACAUUAGAGCAACAGUUAUUACGUCAACGAGAACGUUCAAUGGCUUUAAUUGAGGAAAAAGACAAAGAAAUUUUAACUUUAAAAACAUCUUUCCAUGCAUUAUUGCCGAAGAAAGAACAUUCUUUUGUAGAAAGUAAAAUAGAUAUGUCAAAAUAUGAAGUUAAAGGAGAAACUGUAUCUGAUUUAGUAACGGGAUUAUUAACAAGCGACAGUCCUCCAAUAUUGCAUUAUAGUCAAGAAUUAGCACGGAAAGAAGUUCAAGUAUCGGCUUCUAGGAAGAAAGUUCUAGAAUUGGAAGCUACGCUACGAGAAAAGCAAAGAGAAAUUGUUCACAUAAAAGAAAAACAGAAGGAUGAGAUAAAAAUCUUGCAAGCUCAGAUUGCAAGACUCGAAGCUUGCAAAUCUAGAGAAGGGGCUAAUCUUGAAUACUUGAAGAAUGUUUUUAUAAACUAUCUGACUACAAAUGACGUUUCUAGUAAACGUCAUAUGCUGAAUGCUAUUUCUACCGUAUUACGCUUUACCGCAGAGGAAUUAAGCAAAGUGAAACACUGAUAAUAUAUCUGAAACUAUUUUUUGCCAGUGAAAUCUCUGAAAAUUUAUUCAAAAAGGAUUGUAUUCUUGAUAUUCUUUUAUGUGGUAUACGGGUAAUGUUUGCAAUUAUAAUUAACUUAAUGAACAUAGGACCAUUGUAAAAUAACAUAACUUUAUUAUGUGAAUUAUAUAAAGUCACGUAACAAAUUGACUAAAAAAUUUAAGUUACUUAUAAUUUAAUCAUUUCCAUUAAUGUAAGUAAAUAUAAAUUAUAUAAAUUAUAUUUGGAAAAAGAAGAUAGUGACGAAGAAGAAAAAUAAGAGUGUGAAAGAAGAAAAUAAUGGCUCAGGUUAUAAGAGUAAAUUAAGUUAGUAAUAAGUUUAUAACAAAAUCAGUGUAUCCUGAAAAGGAACAAUAAACAUGUAUCUACA